AUGGCUGCUCCGAAUGACUUCAGGAACCAGUUAUCUCUACAUUCAACGACAUCCAACGCCAGUCUAACACUUGAAGUUGGGAUACGCCCAUCGCAGUCAGCAUCGUCUGAAGGCGAACAUCUUGAGGAAGGUUUCCUCGAUGGCCAUCGACCGAGCUUAUAUGAGAUUACGACUUCACGAACAAGAUGUCGAAGUAGAUGCCAGGACGAGUUGAGUACGACAACAAGUCUUACCCCUGCACCAUCACGACUAGAAACAAUUGUCUCGCGCAUUCGAUCACGACCGGCCGUGGAAUUUUCCCAUCCAUUGGCCAACCUGCCUACAGAGGAGAAAUACCUUGUUGACUUCGACGGGGAUCAGGAUCCCUACCGACCGCUAAACUGGCCUACACAAAAAAAAAUCCUGACUACCGUCUUGUAUGGUUUGGUCACUAUGUCAGCAACAUGGGCUUCCUCCUCGUACUCAGUGGGUACGGACCAGGUUGCCAAGGAGUUUCACAUAUCUACACAAGUGGCCACUCUAGGCACAACAUUGUAUCUCAUUGGCUUUGGAAUCGGACCUUUACUCUGGGCCCCGUUAAGCGAGGUAUACGGCCGGAGGGUGCCGGUUCUUACGCCCAUGUUUGUUGCCAUUUGCUUUACUUUUGCCACAGCUACGGCAAAGGAUGUGCAGACGAUUAUGAUAACUCGGUUUUGGGGAGGUUUUUGUGCUUCGGCUCCCAUGACUAACACUGGCGGUGUUCUCGGCGACUUAUUCUCGCCAGCUUGGCGAGGUGUUGCACUGGCUGGAUAUUCGAUGGCCAUUGUUUGUGGUCCUGCUCUCGGACCGGUCGUUUCCACGGUACUUGCUCAACAGUCUUCUCUAGGCUGGCGAUGGACAGAGUAUUUCACGGGCAUCCUUCAAUCAGCUAUCCUUCUAGUAGCCGCCCUUUUUAUCGACGAAAGCUACCCGCCCCUGCUUCUUGUCUAUAAAGCUCAGAGAUUACGGCACGAGACGGGCAACUGGGCACUCCAUGCACAGUUCGAAGAGUGGCAGAUUGAUCUUCGUCAGCUCGCGCGAAAAUUUCUCGUUCGACCCAUUCGAAUUCUCUCUACACCAAUCUGUUUUCUUGUGACGUUGUAUGCCAGCUUUGUGUACGGAAUUCUAUAUAUGCAACUGGGUGCCAUCCCCAUCAUCUUUGGGGAGGUUGCGGCAUAA